AUGGAGGACUUUGAAUACAGCCGAUUAUCACUUGCAGAGAAUGAAAUCCGCCUCAUCACAUUGCUCCCAGGUCGAAAGACCGACCAAAUCAAGUGCGAAAUUGUCAGUAGGGCGCUUGAAGAAAUCACCGACAACACAGCAUAUGAAACACUCUCGUAUUGCUGGGGUCCGCUGGAUGCUACAAUGAAAGUUCAUAUCUACGACGGACCGUUGAGAAUGGGAUCCGUUUGGGUAAAGCCUAAUUUGCAUGCCGCCUUGCUUGUUUUCCGUCGCGAAAAAGAGCCCAGGAAAAUGUGGAUCGAUGCUAUAUGUAUUGAUCAAAUGAGCGACGAGGAAAAGAAUAUGCAGGUCCCCCUUAUGCGUCGGAUAUACGAAGGGGCAAGUGGCGUUCUGAUUUGGCUAGGAGAGGGUUCCAAGGAUAGUGAUCCUGCAACUUCUCUGAUCAGGAAGCUGAACAAAGCCGCAACUAUCGCUGGGCCCACCAUAACAAACAUCAACGUCAUGAGUAGCCAAGAUCUCACGAAGCUCGGGUUGCCGCCUCUCUCUAGCCGUGAUUACUCAUCGUUGCUAUCGCUCCUCGAGAGCAAAUGGUUCUUCCGCGCAUGGGUUGUCCAGGAGGUUACGGUUGCGAAGAAAGCGACACUCUUUUGGGGUACAUCCAGUACGGAAUUGAAUGAUCUCAUAUCAGGGAUGGAUUUUGCACUCAAACUUCACCUGGUCUUUACGAUACAUCCAAUUGCCAACUCUGUUCUCCCUAUCGCGGUGGAGGUAACGGCCUACCGCUCGGGAAGGUGUACACUCCUCGGCGUGCUCCUCCGCCAUCGUAGGUCCCAAGCUACAAACCCAUUGGAUAAAGUCUACGCCUUUAUAGGAUUGACGGAAAAUUGUACAGAGCCGCAGGCUAAAAUUCAAGUGGACUAUAAGCAAGAUGUCCGCACCGUCUACAUAGAUGUCGCGCGGAAGGUUGCUGCGCAUGACAAAUCCCUAGAUAUUCUCAGUUUGCCGGCGCUACCACUUGGGUCUGGUAUUGACAGCUUGCCUUCCUGGGUGCCAGACUGGAGCACGCCAACAGAAGAAAGUGCCAAGCAACUCCGACACAUUGUUGGGGGUGAAACAAAUUCACUUGCUAACGGCGAGGAGGCGAACUACAGAAUAUCGGAACCCUUCUGCGCUACACAAACCACUCUCUACACAGGCGCCCCUCUUUCCUCAUAUGAGGGAGCUGUUUUGGCAACAAGAGGCCAUAUAGUUGAUACAGUCGCUGCUGCCGGCGACCUCUUCGAGGGGCUCUACAUAGCAAAGAAUAUCAGAUCUGUCAUGCGUACUGUAAGAGGCAUUCUCAGGAUGCGACGUACUGUGUCCAGUUGGGAAGACGUUGCAGAGCUCCACACACAUGAUGGGAAUGAUAAAUAUGUGAGCGGCGAGGAUACCAUGGACGCAUUCUGGCAAACGCUAGCUACUGGGAAUUUCUCAGAACGCAAUAAGGACGAAUUGCGCUUAAUGUAUGGCUACAGGCGUACCCGGACGCACAAAAUACGAAGACCCAGUUUGGCACAGGCUUUCUUCGUAGCAUCCCUCCUACCUGUCGUAUCUCAGAUAUUUAAACAGCCACGUGCGGAUCUCCUGACGCAAUCGCGGUACUUGUUGUUCAGGCGGAUGAUCCGGACAGAGGGGAAGAAGUAUCUUGGCUUAGUCUCUGGGGAUGUUAGGCGUGGCGACGAGGUCUGGCUGCUUGAAGGAUCAAAGAUUCCUCUGAUUAUCAAUAGGCAGAGGGAAGGGUAUGGGCGACUUAUUGGGGACGCAUAUAUCCAUGGUAUCAUGUACGGGGAAGCCUUUAGGAUUGACGAUUGUGAAGACUUGAUACUGGAAUGA